AUGGCCUGCUCACAGUCGAAGGGUACCUCGAUCAAGGAUGCGAUCAAGCAAUGGGAGGAGGCCAACGGCAAGUCCGUGGCCGAGGAAACAGUGGUCAAGCUGAUCGGCAAGCUUCCCCCCAUUGAGAAGAUGGAUGCGGCGCUCUCCCAGCUGGCUCAUGUCGAACAACUCUCCCUCUCGACCAACUGCAUUGAGAAGAUUGGAAACCUCAAUGGCUUUUCCAAUCUCAAAAUCCUUUCCUUGGGUCGCAACAACAUCAAGUCGCUCGCUGGUCUCGACCCUGUGGCUGGAACGCUGGAGGAGCUUUGGAUCAGCUACAACAACUUGGACAAGCUCAAGGGCAUCGAGGUGUUGCAAAAGCUCAAGGUCUUUUUCUGCUCCAACAACAAGCUAGCUGAUUGGAAACAGAUCGAGCUGCUUCGCCAGCUCCCGGCCCUUGAAUCCGUCGUGCUCAUGGGCAACCCGAUCCAGGAGAAGCACGCGGAAUCUGGCGACUGGACCCAGCUGAUCAUGGAAAAGCUGCCACAAAUCAAGAAGAUUGAUGGCAAGCCCAUUGUGCGCGGUGGUGAGGAAGAGAGUGAGGAGGCUGCUGAGUAAAUGUUUGUCUUGUUCAGUCCUGCUGCUGACUCCAAAGCGGCUGCAAUCCUUCGCCCGUCCCUUGUCUGUCUCUGUUGCUACAAUAUUGGCGCCGCGCGCCAACACGACUGUUUUUGCCCACUCUGGAUAUGCUCGCUGACCUGCGUCAAACGCUGCCCCACUCGCUCUGCCCUGACGCUGGCGUCAACAUGCCACUAUUGGCUCGGCGCCCAGCACUUGUCCCUGGGCCUGUGAGAAGUGUUGAUAAUUAAAAGUGAAC